AUGAUAGCAAGCGAGACCACGCCUCUGGUCCUUGCAAAGGCCUCAAAGCCUAAAACUCCACUUCCAAAACUCCAGUUGGGCAUACUCUUGACGAUACAACUCGCGGAAGGCAUCACUUCCACGUCUAUAUUCCCGUACAUCAAUCAGCUUAUCAGCGAACUUGGAAUUACGGGGGGUGACGAUGCGGCUGUGGGGUAUUAUGCCGGAAUCAUUGAAUCUCUGUUUUUUGUCGCGCAGGCGCUGACGGUGCUGAGGUGGAGUAGGCUGUCUGACCGCAUUGGGCGCAGGCCUGUGUUGGUAAUUGGUCUCUCAGGUGCUUGCAUUUCGAUACUGUGCUUCGGCCUCUCAACAACCUUCUGGAGUCUUGUCAUUAGCCGCUGCAUGUGCGGUGUUCUAAAUGGCAACGUUGGAGUUAUGAAGACUGUGAUGGGGGAAUUAACGGACUCCACAAAUAUGGCUCAGGCUUUUGCCUUGAUUCCGACUGUCUGGAGUCUUGGAGGGUUUCUUGGUCCUUUAAUGGGCGGAACGCUUGCGCGACCGCAGGAUCAUUGGCCCGUAAUAUUCACAGACCCAUUUUGGGGAAAUUACCCAUACUUUCUGCCUUGCGCAGGUAGCAGCCUGUCUGCUCUUUCUGGCCUUUUGCACGAUGGUAUUAUUCUUAGAAGAAGUAGGUUCUGCAUAUUACUUGCCGCAUCGCACACGUUGCUCAUGAUCAGCAGACAUCGCCAACAAAACGUCGACCAAAACAUCUCUUUGCGAUCUCUGCUCACGCCUACCGUUGUUAUUCCGAUUGCCAACUAUGCCAUGUUUGCUUUCCUUGAAAUUUCUCGCAGGGUUCUCGUGCCGCUGUUCUUUUCGACGCCUACCUAUCUUGGUGGUCUUGGAUUCGAUCCUUCAUCUAUUGGCUCGUGGCUAGCGUUGUUCGGGAUCAUGGAUGGUGUCUUUCAGGCAUUGCUGUUCGCCAAACUUGUCGACUGGCUUGGUCCAAAGCGUCUAUUUAGUGCGUCAGUGUCAUCAUACGCAUUGCUCAUGGUUGUGUUGUCGAUAAUGUCGUGGCUUGUACGUGCAAGGGGGGGAGUUGAUUAUGCAGUCACGUUUGCUUUACUUUGCCAACUAGUUCUGUCGAUCAUAUGUAGUAUGGGACUCGGGACUCUCUUGAUGUUUAUCACAGUUUCUGCCCCUACAAAGGAUGCGCUUGGCGCCAUCAAUGGUCUUGCUCAAACAUCCUCAUCGAUUGCCCGUGCCGUUGGGCCUGCCUUUGCGAGCUCACUUUUUGCUGCAUCAAAGGAAUAUAAUCUUCUCGGAGGAAAUGCAGUAUUCGUCAUCUUAUUUAUGCUGGCUGGUGUAUUGAGAUGGUUGGGGUCGCAGCUGCCAGAUGAAAUCAGAGAUAGGGAUGAGUGA